AUGAGCGGACGAGUCACAACCAAGGAGGGCGAGCUAGGGUGCGCAGAGCUGGGCUGGGGGACUCUGAGUAGCCCAAGGCGACUGAAGCUGGAAGCGACAGAUCGGGAUCCGGGGAUGGGGGCGCGCCUGCACGGAGCUGAGAAGACAUCAUUCCCACCCCACCCCCCAGCAGUGAUUAGAGCUGGGACUGGGUCCGGGGGUCUGGGCCACUCUGCUGAACUGGCAUUUGCUGUGGAGCCAAAUGACGAUAUUGCUGUCCCUGGACAGCCCAUAGUGCUGGGCUGCAAAGUAGAGGGGACCCCUCCAGUGCAAGUCUCCUGGAGGAAGAACGGAGCAGAGAUGCCUGAGGGCACCCACUCCACGCUGCUGGCCAAUGGGUCCUUGCUGAUCCACCACUUCAGGCUGGAGCAGGGAGGUGGCCCUUCAGACGAGGGUGACUAUGAAUGUGUGGCUCAGAACCGCUUUGGGCUGCUGGUCAGUCGGAAGGCUCGUAUCCAGGCUGCAACCAUGUCAGACUUCCAUGUGCACCCCCAGGCCACCAUGGGUGAGGAAGGUGGUGUGGCCCGCUUCCAGUGCCAAAUCCAUGGGCUUCCCAAGCCCCUGAUCACGUGGGAGAAGAACAGAGUUCCCAUUGACACAGACGAUGAGAGGUACACAUUACUGCCCAAGGGGGUCUUGCAGAUAACAGGACUUCGGGCAGAGGACAGCGGUGUCUUCCAUUGUGUGGCCUCAAACAUUGCCAGUGUGCGGGUCAGCCAUGGGGCGAGGCUCACUGUGUCAGGCUCAGGCUCUGGGGCCUACAAGGAGCCCACCAUCCUUGUGGGGCCUGAGAACCUUACCCUGACAGUGCACCAGACUGCAGUGCUGGAGUGUGUCGCCACGGGCAACCCGCGUCCCAUUGUGUCCUGGAGCCGCCUGGAUGGCCGCCCCAUUGGGGUGGAGGGCAUCCAGGUGCUGGGCACAGGGAACCUCAUCAUCUCAGAUGUGACCGUCCAGCACUCAGGUGUCUAUGUCUGUGCAGCCAACAGGCCUGGCACCCGGGUGAGGAGGACAGCCCAGGGCCGGCUGGUGGUACAAGCCCCAGCAGAGUUUGUCCAGCACCCUCAGUCCAUCUCCAGGCCGGCUGGGACCACAGCCAUGUUCACCUGCCAAGCUCAAGGUGAGCCACCUCCUCAUGUCACAUGGUUGAAGAAUGGACAAGUGCUGGGUCCAGGAGGCCACGUCAGGCUCAAGAACAAUAACAGCACAUUGAGCAUUUCUGGAGUUGGUCCUGAAGAUGAGGCCAUCUACCAAUGUGUGGCUGAAAACAUUGCUGGCUCAUCCCAAGCCAGUGCCAGGCUGACCGUGCUGUGGGCCGAGGGGUUGCCAGGCCCUCCACGCAAUGUCCGUGCUGUCUCUGUGUCCUCCACUGAGGUUCGAGUGUCUUGGAGCGAGCCUCUAGCCCACACCAAGGAGAUCAUUGGCUAUGUCUUGCACAUCAGGAAGGCUGCCGACUCACCCAAGCUGGAGUAUCAGGAAGCCGUUAGCAAGAGCACCUUCCAGCACCUGGUCAGAGACCUUGAGCCUUCCACAGCCUACAGCUUCUACAUCAAGGCCUACACACCAAGGGGGGCCAGUUUAGCCUCUGUCCCCACCUUGGCCAGCACCCUGGGUGAAGCCCCCACCCCACCCCCACUAUCAGUGCGGUUGUUGGGCAGCUCCUCUCUGCAACUGCUGUGGAAACCCUGGCCACGGCUGGCCCAACACAAUGGGGGCUUCAAGUUGUUUUACCGCCCAGCCAGCGCAGCCUCCUUCACCGGCCCCAUCUUGCUCCCUGGGACCGUCUCCUCUUACAACCUCAGCCAACUUGACCCCAGCACUGUGUAUGAGGUGAAACUCCUUGCCUACAACCAGCAUGGGGACGGAAACGCCACAGUCCGCUUUGUGUCUUUGAAGGGAGCCUCUGAGAGGACAGCCUUGAGUCCCCCAUGUGACUGCCGGAAGGAAGAUGUCACCAACCAUACAUCCACCACAGGCAUUGUUAUCGGCAUCCACAUCGGAGUCACCUGCAUCGUCUUCUGUGUCCUAUUCCUCCUGUUUGGCCAAAGGGGCAGGGUCCUCCUUUGUAGGGAUGUGGAAAACCAGCUUUCCCCUCCCCAGGGUCCCCGGAGCCAGAGGGACCCUGGUAUCCUGUCCCUAAAUGGAGUGAGCCGAGGAGAGGGAGGCCAGCUAGGCCGAGAUGAGAAGCAUGUGGACGCCAAGGAGUUGGAGCAGCUGUUCCCUGCAACCGGAUCAGCUGGGCAGCCAGGCUCCAGGCCUACUGAUCCCUCAGCCCCUAUUCCAUGUGGGGAGACCCAGGUCUCCAUGGUUCAGCUCCAAGGUUUCAACCUUGUGCCAGGGAGGACAACAGAGGCCAAGUCCCCCUUUGCAGGCCCUGGGCCUUCCCCAGAGCCCCAAGAUGCAGGCCUCCUCAGUGAAGGACAGGCCACCCUGUCUCCAGCUUCUCUGUGA